CCUUUAUACGACUGGCGUCAAGGGAUUGCUAAUUGGAGGUUUACAUUUCCAAAAGAAGAAAUUUGCGUGUGAAAAGCGAAUCAUCGUAGCCAGUUGUUUUUUUUAAACCAUUGGUCAAUCCCCCUUCCAAAGAAAAGUCUACCUACAUUGGGCGAUGGACUAGAAGUGAGAAGCAGGGUAACAUUUAUACGGAGACGUUUACGCGGUGGAAGGAACAGCCUCUCAGUGGUGCUGGUAUUUAUGGUGUCAGAGUGGAAAUCUUUCAUCUUCCACUAUCGCAAUUCACUAUUUAUCUCGAAGCGAGACGUGUCUGGGUCGGUGUUGGAAGCAGCGCCAGUGUCCGUCUCGUACAUAGUUGUUGGAAGUGAAAAUGGACCGUUCGCCUUUAAGGCGCCCGACUGCCUGUUGCUUUGUGCUGCGGAGAGACUGACGCCCUCUGGACAGUGGACACUGCAGCGGCAUCACUCCAUACUGGAAAGUGGAGAAGUUCAAAGGGGGGUAAAGGAGAGAUCGUUUCCCGAGGAUUUUUUUUUCCCAAGCCCAUCAUCGCUUUGUUGUGGUAAGUGUUUAAUGUGUCUGUGCACCAGAAGCCCCUGUGCUGUGUCCCAGUAGCCUUGGAGAUGAGGCCCAGCACGCAGCUCCUGCUGCCGGCCUCGCUGGCAGUGCUUCUGUGUCUCCUGGCCUCCCUGCCCGCCCCGGCCAGCGGCUGCAACAAGGCCCUGUGUGCCAGCGACGUCAGCAAGUGCUUGAUCCAGGAGUUGUGCCAAUGCCGUCCCACCGAUGGAAACUGCUCCUGCUGCAAAGAAUGCAUGCUGUGUCUGGGUACCCUAUGGGAGGAGUGCUGUGACUGCGUUGGCAUGUGUAACCCCAAGAACUACAGCGACUCCCCGGCCACGUCCAAGAGCACCGUGGAGGAGCUCCACCGGCCCAUCCCCUCGCUGUUCCGCGCGCUGACAGAGGGCGAGGCGCCCAUCAACAUGAUGGUGGUGUCCUUCCCAGUGGCGGAGGAGCUGUCCCACCACGAGAACCUGGUGUCCUUCUUGGAGACGCUGGAAGACCAGCACCAGAACGUCUCGCUCCCCGGCAACAGCAUUCACGCCAGCUACGACACACAAGACAACAUGUGCACCGUGGUGUACUUCGACGACUGCGUGUCCAUCCGCCAGUGUAAACUCUACUGCGAGUCCAUGGGAGGAUCCAAGUACCGGUGGUUCCACAACGCGUGCUGCCAGUGCAUCGGACCCGAGUGUGUGGACUACGGCAGCAAGGCUGUGAAGUGCAUGAACUGUUUGUUCUGAAGCGGGGGUGCAUGGGAUGUGGGGUACCUGAUGUAUGUACCUAUGCAUGUGGACUGAAGGCAUAGAAGAAAAAAAAAAGCUAUGACCGGUGUGUGUUAACGAUUUAAAAUAUCCUUGUAAAAUAUCCCCUCCUUCCCCAAUUUGCUCUUCCUUAUGUUUUGUAUCUCGCCGUUACGUUUCACUGUAUAUUUUUAGAUCUGUUUUUUUCUUUUCUUUUUUUUUUUUUUACUAGAGGUGUAUAUGAAUAAUGUAUUUUUACAACAACGAUCCGCUAAAUGUCCUAUGGGAUGCCAAAUAAAACAAGAUUUGGUGACUGA